AUGGCACGAGGAACCAUGGUACCCACCCUUCUGGUGCUGCUUCUGGCUAUUUUCUGCGCGAUCACCGUCGUCCACAGCAAGGAAUGGAACGUCGGUCGCCAGGACGGAUGGUUCUUCAGCAUCUCCAAUUGGGGGGACGACAAGCCAAUCAAGGUCGGCGAUGUGCUUGUGUUCAAGUACAAGGCAAUUGCGCACAACGUGGUGCAGGUCUCAGAAGAAGACUACAACGCAUGCACGGUCUCUCGCCCGUCGCCGGCCUACCGCUCCGGCAAUGACCACAUUAAGGUCACCAGCAGUGGCAGAUUCUUCUUCAUAUGUUAUGUGAAAACUCCUUUACACUGUGAGAGUGGCAUGAAGAUAGCCAUCACUGUCCAAUAG